ACUGUGUUAAGUUAACAAGCGAAUGAACAUCAAAAAGCAACACAUAAAAAACACGCGUAAAAAGAACAAUCAAGAAUAUUUUCGAAAUAAAACUGCUAGGAAAAAACUAGUGCAGAACCUAUGUGAACAAAAGUAUUACUUCUGUUAAAUAAAUAUUAGUAUAAUAAUGAAGUGAAAUAGAAACUUCGCCACAAACUACCUUAAACAGUUUGAUAAUGCAGCUUUACCUGAACUAAAAACAUAAUAAAUAAUAAGGAUUUUGGAGCAACGAACAAUAUACUGCCCAUAUUGGGAGUCGCACUGGACAGAGAUUAGCUUGUAGGUGCUAUAAGGAUGAGUGAUAGACGAGUUUCAUACUUUUACAAUGCCGAUGUGGGGAAUUUCCACUAUGGAGCGGGGCAUCCAAUGAAGCCGCAACGCUUAGCCGUCACUCACAGCCUGGUCAUGAACUACGGCUUGCACAAAAAGAUGAAAAUCUACAGACCAUACAAAGCUAGUGCACAGGAUAUGCUGCGGUUUCAUAGUGACGAAUACAUCGCCUACCUCCAGCAGGUUACUCCACAGAAUAUUCAAUGCAAUUCCGUUGCCUAUACUAAGUAUUUGGCUCACUUUAGCGUGGGUGAGGACUGUCCCGUCUUCGAUGGACUUUUUGACUUUUGCGCCAUGUACACAGGCGCCUCCCUCGAGGGCGCACAGAAACUAAACCACAACCACAGCGACAUAUGUAUCAAUUGGUCUGGUGGUCUGCAUCAUGCCAAGAAAUUCGAGGCCUCGGGUUUCUGCUACGUCAACGAUAUUGUAAUUGGCAUACUAGAGCUGCUGAAAUAUAAUCCGCGAGUUCUCUACAUCGACAUUGAUGUGCAUCAUGGCGAUGGAGUACAGGAAGCAUUCUAUUUAACGGAUCGCGUGAUGACAGCAUCCUUUCACAAAUAUGGCAAUUACUUCUUUCCGGGCACUGGGGAUAUGUAUGAGAUUGGCGCCGAGUCUGGUCGUUAUUACAGCGUUAAUGUUCCUCUCAAAGAGGGAAUUGAUGAUCACAGCUAUUUUCAAGUGUUCAAACCAAUAAUUUCAGCGAUUAUGGAAUUCUAUCGGCCUACAGCAAUUGUGCUGCAAUGCGGCGCCGAUUCCUUGGCUGGAGAUCGUCUCGGAUGUUUCUCGCUUAGUACUCGUGGCCAUGGAGAGUGCGUGAAGUUCGUCAGAACGCUAAAUGUGCCCACAUUAGUUGUGGGCGGCGGCGGUUACACUUUACGAAACGUUGCACGAUGCUGGACGCACGAAACGUCGCUUCUUGUCGAUCAGGAGAUUUCCAACGAUUUGCCUCCAACGGAGUACUAUGAUUUCUUUGCGCCAGAUUUCACAUUACAUCCGGAUGUAAAUUCACGGCAGGACAACGCAAAUUCUAAACAAUAUAUGGAGCUGAUCGUAAAGCAUGUAUAUGAAAACCUGAAAAUGUGUCAGAACUCGCCAAGUGUGCAAAUGGUGCAAACACCCCGAGACGUUGAUUUCGAGGAGCUGCGUAUGAAAGAGGAAACGGACCCUGAUGUGCGCAUGUCACAGGCGGAUGAGGAUAAAAUGGUUGAGGCAAAGAAUGAGUUUUACGAUGGCGAACAUGAUCAGGACAAACCCGACUCAAUGGAAAGUUAAUAAAAUAUUCUAUUAUUUAAUACAAAAAGAAAUGAAUGAACAGAAUGGCCAUUGUUGGCUUUAAAAUAGACAUGUAUUUAUUAUUUAUAUAUAUAUAAAUAUAUUGCCGACUAAAUUCGGUGAAUUCAGUUUUACGAUGCAACAA